UCCUAUAAAUCUGCAUGAAAAUUCUUUGCUCCAAUAUUUUGCUUUUAUAGUUGUGGUGUGGGUGAAGAAAAUAUUUUCACUCAGCUGGUUUUCUAUUGACAGAUAAAUGCAAGGUUAAAAGCUACUCUUCGAAUAAAUGCAGGUUGGUCUUCUUUUUCAGCUUACCUUUUGUUGAUCAACGUGGUCUCAGACAUGCACGCAAACACACGAGCACAAAAAGGAAGUGAAUAUUGAAGCCUGAAGAUCUUCAAGGUCUACUUUGUACUACUUGAACUGUUUAAAAAAUGAAGAUUUAGGCUUUGUAUAUUCUCUCAUGUUCUUCCUUUUUUUCAACUCUGGACCUUCUUGUCACCGUGCUGUAGCCGCUUGGGUUUAAUUUGCCUAGCUUUUGCUUUGGUGUGCAUUUCCGUACGCAUUUUAGCUGUAAAGCACUGCCAUUCCUCCCAUUCUGUCUGGCAAUUCAUUGACAUAGGAUUUUUUUUUUUUGGUGAACUGUUGCAUGGAUUUGAGUUACUCAAGGCUGUUAAUUACAGAUUUUUUUUGGGUAGUCUAUGUUUUUAUGCUUUAUUUUUGCUGCCUUGUGAGUCCCAUUUACUGUCUAACGUCCUUUGCACUUUGAAUUUGUGGUGAAAGAUUUCUCUAUCAAUAAUCUUAUCCUUGUGUAAGAGUGGGGCAGGAAUUGUCCUCAAUAAUCCUGAAAGGUUAAAUCAUUCACAUAAUGCCUCUGAGAAGCCUGUGUACCAUAAUUCUGUACUCUUUUAAGAAAAAUAGGGCCUAAUAAACUCUGGUCUUGGGAUUGUGGUUACAAGUUUCUACCUCCAUCUUCUUUGCAAGUAUGUGAAGUUUAGUUCUCAUCGAUAUACAUUAAUUUGGUGACUUCAUUUCAUUACCAAUUUCUCCAGGUUCAUGGUGGAUCAUCAAGGAAGUUGUUAUUAUGUAGUGAAAUUAAAUUGGCUUAACUCGCAAAUGAAGCCUAAGAACUGCAAAUGAUGAAGGAGCUGUUUAUGCAUGAGGCCAUGUGAUUUUUAUGCCUACAGUGUAAUGGAGAAUGAUAUGUUCAGUGUUCCACGAGCCAUUGUAAGCCAAAAUUCUGUUGUUAUUGAUGGGAUUCCAUCACAGGCAAUCCCAAAUUCAAUGGUUGACUCCAACUUAUUUAACCACAUCAACCAAAACCGGACACUAGCUGGAUUUCCGGAGCUUCCCUCAGUGCAAGGAGAAUUUAUCAGUGAUCUCUGUGCUGAUCUCCACAUAACUAACCGUGCCAGGUUCUUUGACUCUAACACGUUGGUUGCAUCUGUUGGAAGGAAUGUUGUGAGUGAUGCUUCACUUGGCAGUUCAGGUUCAGACGGUAACAUCAAGUUUCAUGAGCAAUUCAUGGGCAGAACACCCAUCUCUUCAGCUCCAUCUGCAAGGUGUGGUCUUCAAGAAAACUUAAACGAGUUAGCAGUUGUAGCCCCUUCAAUCUACCCUCAGGAUUUUAGGAUUUACUCUUCAACUGAAUGUUCUGAUGGCAUAAAUUCUACCAUGGUAACCUCUCUGAAUUGUGUAUUUAAUGAAGCAUUUGGUAAUUUGAACGGUAAGUGGGAUUUUGAAAAAUUUCCUGCUCCUCUGGAGUUUGUUGGGAAAACCUCAUUGAAGACAGCAUUUCAACCAUAUUCAUCAAUAGGAUGUCUGGAUCCAAAUGGGUGGAUAGCAUUAAAUGGUGCGAACAUGAACAUGGAUUAUCCUUGUGGUUCCUCUAAAUGUAGUAAUGAGCACUCUUUAAGUCUUGCCACAUCUCUGCCCGCUGUCAUCAAUGGGAACAAUAUUCCUGAUCAGUCCUCUGAAAUAAACUGUUCUGGUGCAAAUCACUGCUGCUUGAGUACAAUGAGGUUAGGCUCAGAGCAAACUUCUUGUAAUGCUAAGGAGCAUUCUCUGAGUUUCGGUUCUGAUGGACCAGUUCAAGUAUCACACUUAAUAUCAGGAUCAAGAUAUCUUCAUGCGGUUCAAGAAAUACUUGCUCAAAUUGCGAGCUAUUCUCUUGAAAAUCUAGACCAGACAAGUGUUGUCGGUGGAGAAACUAUACCCUUCUCCUCAAGCUGUAUCGCUGGGGGAGGGAUGGCACUGAUGGAUCCGAAUGAUCUUCCUGAUAUUGUUGGUAAUUCUGACGUUCAAUUAGAGGCAGAAGCACAAAAGCGAACAAUUGAGGCAAAGAAAACCCAACUGCUGACUUUACUGCAAGUGGUUGAUGACAGAUACAGUCAAUGCUUGGAUGAGAUCCAUACAGUUAUAUCUGCAUUCCAUGCUGCAACUGAGUUAGACCCUCAGGUGCAUGCUAGUUUUGCUCUACAGACAAUCUCUUUCUUAUACAAGAACCUAAGAGAGAGGAUCAGCAACCAAAUCCUAGCUAUGGGAGCUAAUUUCGACGGUGGAUGCAUUAGAGGUAGAGAAAAAACUUUUCAAAAUUCAUUCAUCCAGGAGCAAUGGGCACUGCAGCAAUUAAAGAAGAAGGAUCAAUUGUGGAGACCUCAGAGAGGCUUGCCUGAAAAGUCUGUCUCAGUUUUACGUGCAUGGAUGUUUCAGAACUUUCUUCACCCGUACCCUAAGGAUACCGAGAAGCAUUUACUUGCAAUAAAAAGCGGCUUAACAAGGAGCCAGGUCUCCAAUUGGUUCAUAAAUGCCCGAGUUCGUCUAUGGAAACCAAUGAUAGAGGAAAUGUACUCAGAGAUGAACAGGAGAAAGGCUCGGCAAAAUGAGGAGGGAACCAACAGCAACCACAGAAGCCAGAUGAACAUCAACAAUCAAAGAUUUAACAUCAAUUGAGGCCGAAGAAAGGAAGAUAGUAUCAAUUGAACCAAUGAAUUCAAGCACGUUGGAAUAGGAAAGAAACACAUCCACCUCAGGGUUUCAACUGUACAUAAUGCUCCAUAUAGUUGGGACCUUUAGCUUUAAGAGGGUGUGAUUCUAUUACUAAUAUUAUUUAUACUCUAUUCAACAGGAAUCCCUUUGUUGAAAAUAUUAUGAACUCAAUAGGACAUUUCAUGGAAUUAAUUGGUAUGGUAACACCUGGCUCCUGGCCUGUAGCACACUUUUAUGCAUGGUGAUUCCUGGGUCACCAAUGGUCACCAAUGUACUUACGAUGUUCCACAAACUAUCAAUAUUAGUAUAAUACAUGGCGGCCAAAAGUUGCUACUCAAUUAUUGAUCUCAAAAUUGAAUCUUCUGCAUUGCAAAAGACAGCAUCCAGGGAUUGAACCUUUUUCAAGCUGUUUGUCAAAUUGUCAUAUACGCUUGAUAGUUUACCGUGAGCAAAACAAUUCCUGGCCUCUUAAGAUUUACUGCAUUGCAACUUCCAGGGUUCCAAAAACAAUUCCUGCUUGAUUUUAUUUCGUCAUUGAUAAUGUUGGUGUAUGCCAUUAGCUAUUCGAAGGAAGCAGCCUCAAAGAGGAUUCUUUUUUUGGGACCGACUGUAAAUGGUAUCAGAUCUAGUUUGCCAAGAAGAUUAUGAACUGUUGACUGUAAAUGGUAUCAGAGUUAGUUUUACCAAGAAGAUUAUGAACUGUUGAAAUUAUGAUCAGAGUUUUUCACAUGUAUCCUGUAGCGAAAUAUUGGCUUUUACCUUGACAUGGUUAGUCUGGCUAGCCACCUGCGCGGUUGAGGAGUCGAAAGGCUCGCUUUAAAAACUAGUCCUGAGGGACUUUGACAGGCCACCCCACUCAAUGGACCGACUGCAAAUGGCUAAAUUGAAAGACAUUUGAAUUCUAAUGUUAAGGUGUUAACCUAGCCAACGAGGGUAUUCCUUGAUUUAAGGAUGGUAAGCGAUGUCAAUGUCUUCUUCAUCAAGACGAUCUUGAAGAAUCAUGGAUUGCUUGUCGGAUAUCAACACGAACCCGAGUUAUGUUGAUGGAGAAGGCAGGCUUAAAGUCUUUCCUUACCAUGAUUCUGAAUCAUCUUCUCAUGGCUGCAAUAUCUGCCAUCCCAACAUGUGCAAUGUGGAUAUUAAAACCCCCAUUUUCUGUUAUUACAAAUCUUUAAUUACAAAAUCUUAUGAUCAACAUUUAUACAUUAUGCUACAAAUUGUAGCAUAAACAGGUUUGUUGUUUUCAUUGUUUAAUAUGGUCUGAUCAUGGACGGGAUUCAAGCCUCUGUUUCUGCCACCGGGAAGAAAAAGUUUAUCUACUGAUUUUUGCCCGGUUUUUGAUGCCAAAGGAAGGAUUUUUCCAAUCUGAUGUGCAGCAAUCUGAAGCUCAUUAAACACAUAUUCACGAAUGGAAUGAUGGGGAGGAGCUUCUGUCCUAUCCAAUUUAAUCAACAAGAUCUUCAUUGAAGAGAACUGCGAUGCGAGAAUCAAUCAAAUUGUACCAGUUGACUGCUAAUUCCAGACGAGUUCGGUCUAUCCCCAUGAAGCCUUUCGAAAUGCUCUUUGACAGUUCCAUACUAGCGAAAUUGGAAUGCAUACUGCUACUUUUUACUCUUAUUUUCAAUCAUAAGAAGUUUAAUACUAGUAUUUGGAUUCACGUUUAUGGGAUAAUUCUACGAGUCCUUGAAAAAAAAAAAAAUCAUCUGAUGGGAA